AUGAGUCAGUUGAUCAUAUUUCGGAUAUUGCAGUUAACUUAGUAUUUUUCUAUAAUUAUGGCUUCUUAUCAUGUUAAAUUAGACAGUUUUCACUUGAAUUCUCUGAUCACCAUAUUGAAAGCAUCGUUAUUGGAUUAUGAUAGUAUUCCAAUCUUUUUAGGCUAUUUCUCUACUUUUAUAAGCUUUGCAAUCUUAACCUACCUACUAAUACUAAGUUGCUUCAAUUUAAAUUAAAUGGCUAUCGUUAAACAGGUGAUACUAAUAUACAUCGGAUUACUUCCGCAAUUUAUCUGCUAUUUAUAAAUAUCCAUAACUGCGCAUACACUGAUAAAAGAAGAAAACAAUUUAUUUGAAUAAAUGCUUGGGACUAUAACCAUAAUAAUAAUAUUUAUUCAGUCAUUUUUAAGCCUCUUGUUUAUGAGGAACACUUAUUUGAGUCAAACUGUGCUGUGCAGAGACCUCACGAUAAUAGGAUUGCUGUCUCAAAUACUGAAGUUUACGACAAUUUUAUUUUAUUUUUACAACAGUGAUCAAGACAAUACGAUGUACAUCAUAACCUUGAUAAGUGCCUUACUAUGGACAAUAUCGGAGACAGCUGAUAUCCUCUACUAUUACCCUUACAGUUUGUCUGACAAUUAGUUAUAGUUUUGUUUAAAUUCCAUUAAAAUAGUAUGCACCAUAACAAGGCUUCUGGAUGCAUCGCUUUAAUUUGAAUAGGCAGUCGUUAUAUAUGAGUUGAUUCUGGGCGUAUUGGGAUAUUUUGCUAGCAGAUAGAUCUUUCGAAUUCUUCUCUAUAAUAAUUGCUUCCAUCUCUUUUCCUAAGCAAUUUCAUAAGAGUAAUAGUCUCUUUAUUUCAAAAUAAUUCUGUACCUCAAGGAACAGCAGAAGGAGUAGACCAACAUCCAUCAAUCCUUUUUGAGUUGCAACGUGAUGAAUUUGCACCAGAAGUAUUGCGAAUAGAAGUGCUAAGUAAUGAUUUAUUUUAAUGAGGCAUAAGUAUAUUCCCAUAUCUUAGAGUGCUUAAUUUCAAGGAUAUUCUAAAAUGAAGAUGAAUCCCUAUUCCUUUAUAAAAUCAGCUAUAUCGCAUUCAUAAAGAAAUAAUAUUCCUUGAGUUUGAUGAAGAUUAAACAGUAUCAAAUAUUCAAUGGACACAACCAAAGUUGGUAUUUUAAAUUGAUGGUUCUUGACAUUACAAAAAACAUAGAGAAAGAGAUCCAGCAGGUUCUUUAUAGUACGACUGUAGCAUAAAAUUGGAAUAAAUAUACUUAUUUGACAUCCAAAGACUUGGUUGAAUUUGAAUAAUAGGAAAUUGAAUUAAUUCCCUUAAUUUCUUAAUUGAUUAACAAAAAAAUAGAUAUUUGGUAGUCUCAAAUCAGAGGAUUCAAAAACAUAUACGAUUUACAAAUGAAAUUGGUCAACUUCUCAUCACUCAUUGAUCAAGUCAGAAAGAUGUUAGCUAAAAUCUUCGAAAGAGAUAUUAAUGACUUAAGCAUUACUUUAAUCAAUAAUAUUUAUCAUCUAAGAGUAUUAUCCUUAUACUAUUCUUUGAUUAUGAAUGAUUAAUUGAACAGUUACCUGUGUGAAAAGUAGAUUUAAAUUGUGUAUUACUUCGAAUAAACCCUAAAAUAAAAUGAAUUAACCUCUUUAGCCUUGAUUACAGACAAGAUUUCAGUGAUUGCUGUCAGUCUGGUAAAGAAGCAAGGAGAGAUAUUGAAUAAGAAUAAACAGAAAAUUGGGAGUCUCUUUGGUUAUCAUAAAAGCUCUGAAUAUAAUGCAUUAUUAUCAGUAAAUCAAAUUAUACCUGAUUUCAUUAGCAAUAUACACAAUGAAAUGUUAACAGAAUUUCUAAAAAAGGGACAAUCCCCUUUUUUCGUUCAAUUUAAGACAGUCUUUGGUAAAAAUAAAGAUCAUUUUAUAAUGCCAUUGCAAUUAAAGUUUUCUAAUGAUUUUAACUUUGUGGAUGACUUUGUAAUAAAAGGAGUGAUGUAUUAAGGUCAAAAACAAUAGGAUUUUAUUUUAUUUGAUGAUCAAGGUCACAUCUAAGGAAUUACUUAGCAAUUUUAUGAAAUUCUAAUCAGAGAUAAUUAGAAGGUUAACUAAAUAGAUUAAGAGGAGUUAACCAAGUAAAUGUACAUCUAUUACUUUAUGCCUGAAAUCUUUACUAUCAUCUAAGAAUAUUAAUAACAGAAAUAGCAUAAUCAACUUGUAUAGUUCUUAGAAGACACACAAUUUAUUAUCAUUCAGAAUCUGAUGGAAUUUCAUGAUGAUUUUUCGAGACAAGCGAAGAAGUUCACUAAACAUACAGUCACAGAUCCUGCUUUGUAUGCAUCCAGUUACACUAAUUGUUCUGAACUCACUAAUAAUAAUGUAAAAGCUAUUUUGAGAAGAAGAAUGUUUACAGAAAUAGACAGAAGCUUAUUAAAUGAAGAAUUCGCUAAAAGUGCCAUCAAAUUUAUCUAUAAUAAUCUUGAUAUCUAUGUCACCUACUUCAUAAAGUUUCAACUCUAAUAUUAUCCUAUACAGAAUGAAAAAGUAAAAGGAUUUUACAUACUAGAAAUUAUUGAUUACAGAAAAAACUACGAUAAAAAAGCUGGGAGUGAGGCUGUCUUUAAGGAUCUAGAAUCGUAAAUGAAAUAGUCAAUACGAAUUUAAAGUCAGUUCAUGUAGAGAAUCGAAAAUCAGACUGAGUUUGAUGAAAUCAAUGUAUGUCAAGUAGGCAAAUCCAACACCAAUACUACUGAAAAUAUAAGACUUGAAACUAAUGGGGGGAACUCCAGCAGGAGAGUUAUCUUCCUCAAACCUGAGAUUUAGAGUGAAAUAAAUGAUUUUGCAGGAGGACAGAAUUCAUCCUCUAGUUCUGAUGAAAAGUAAGAAGAUUUCUUUUCUCCUCCUCAAUCAAAUCGGUUGUAAUUUUGUAAAGAAAACGAUAGCAUACAACCUCAUCAAUAGAGUAUUAAGAACUAAAAACGAAAUAUCAGCGAAAUGGAAAUGGCUAUCAAUCAAAGUCAAUCGAGUGGCAUUUCAAGAUAAUCAAGCAGAACUAGCACGUAUUUUAAUAAUCUUUUUUAAAAUAAAAUUAAAUAUACCAACAACGUCAAGGCAAUAAUCUUGAUAUGCAUGCUAACUGUUAUAGUUAAUCUUUUUCUAUGCAUCUUCAACAGUGUAAAACUCUAUGCAGGGUAUUAGACGUUUCAAACUAUAACUUCAAAUAUGAAAGUCCCUAUGAAUUUAAAUAGAUAUUAUUCUAAGACUGCCACCUUAGCUUGGAUCACUACUUGCUCUAACUAUAGUAUCCUAAAUAUAAGUUAGUUCUAGAAAAAUCAAAACAAAUAUUAAAUGAAAUUAAUAAAUCAGUUCAUGUUGGGGAAUGUCUCCUUAAUAUAUCCAUCCUUAAUUGAAACUGAGGAACACCUACCUUAUAUCAAUUAAUCUUAAGGAUUGUAUAAGUUCAAAGAAGUAAAGCUAACUUAAUUUAUAGAUUAUAUGAAUUUCUUCACUAAGUAAAUUUUAGUCAAUGAGGAGAUCAAUUCAGAUUAUAUUUAAGCAAUGACCAUUUUAAGAUAUAAUGUAAAAAACAUGCGAUUGAUCACUGUAUUAAUUAUGGAUGAGUUGGAAAAUUAAUUUAAAUUAAUUACAGAUUUACAGUAAACUAAUCAACUGAUAUCCAUUAUCACUAAUACAAUUUUGAUGCUACUUCUCUAUUGUGUGUAAUUCAUCUUUAGUUUAAAAAUCCAAAUUCAAAAUUAGACUCUUACAUUAUUAGUGGGAAGAGUGAAAGAAUAAGAAAUAAUGAAUGAGAUUGUUAAAAUAUAAUAUCUCUUAUAGUCCUUAAAAAAUAUUGCUGGAGAAGACUCUUGGAAAAGAAUCAAUUUUUGGUCUUAUGUGUUCUAGAAUGAUUAUGAUAACAUAUACAAAACCAAACUGAUUCAAGGUAAAUCUAAUCGAACCUCGAAUUUAAAUUCCAGAAUAAAACACAUCAGAAUUAGAUUCAAAUUCCAACUGUUGAAGAUAGUCAUUUUCUUAAUCAUUUACUUAUGCUUCAUUUGGGGAUUGUAUAUUUUGUAUGAUUCCUAAACUUAAAGGAUGAUCCCAAUAGUAAAAUUGGAAUCUCAAUAUGUCAAAUUUAGUGUUAAUAUUGAUAUUCUUGUGUUUAGUGGAUUGAUUAUUAAAUCUUAGCCAUAAAUCUACAGUAAAUUCAUUGAAAAUCACAUUUAUUCUGAAUAGUAGAUUAAGAGCUUUGAUGAUGGUAAUCAAAUGAUCUAAUUGUUCAUUGAAUUGUAAACGACAUUCAGUGAAACCAUGAAAUCUUUAUUUAAUGAUGUUAUUUCUACCUUACCACCAACUGAGGAUGUUAAUUCUCUUAAAAAGCUCAUCGAUUAAGAUAUUUGUUUAGUACUUUACAAUGAAAUACCAUUUUGCUAGUUUUAUAAUGUUUCUCAGAUUGAGUUUGUUAAUAGAUAUGGCUAAUAUUAUGACUACGAUAACGAUUUGGAUUAUUUAAAAAGUGGAAUUUUGGGAAUCAUGGGCAUACAAUCAAGCUAUUAUUAACUCAAUUAUGGAUAUGAAAUAGAUAAUGUUGAAUUUAAUCCAAAUCAAAAUGAAAUCAAUGGUGUUUAUUAAACUAUUGAAUUCCACUACAUAAUUUUAUCUCAUUUCAAAGAUUCGUAUCUAUGUUUUGUAAGAUUUUUAGAACUUCUUACUAAAAAUAUCUCAGAUAUCAGAUACUCUGAUUUCAUUAUUUUGUUACUCUAUAUUUACAUUGCAGGAUUACUAUACUUCAUUUUAUAUAUAAUAUUCCACUACUUUUGGAUAAAGAAGUCCAAUAAAUACAUAAGAUCACUAAAACUAAGCCUUGUUGUCAUUCCCAAUGAAUAAUUAUUCAAUAGCAGCAUUAUCAAUAUUUUAAGAAAGUUUGAAUGA